AUGACAUUAAUAACAACUGUUACUGGUUUUGCUGCAUUUGGUGUCGCCGUUAGAGUUUACGCGUUAGCCCUUGAGAGGAGGCCUGUUUUUGACAACCCAAUAACACAUGUACUUACGGCAUCAUUCUUCGGAGGGGUCGGUGCAUAUAUAUUUCAUGCUGAAGAAAGACAAAUGGAAUUAAUUGAAAAGCGUAAACAAUUGUUAUUAGCAAAUAGAAAGCGUAGACUUGAGUAUGAUACUGCUAAAGCUGCGAGGUAUGAAUCUAAUUUUUUGUUUCUUAUUGUUCUGUCUAAUUCUUACUAUCAACUAUUGUUUUUGAAAUUGAUGCUUCCAACACCAAACCUUGAUCACAUAACCUCGAAUGAUUAUGAGAAUGUGUAUGAACCAGCAGAGGACACCUUUUUAUUCCUUGAUGCUCUUGAGAAUGAUAUUGAAUUUAUCAAGAAUGACGUAAAUCCUUGUAUCUGCUUAGAAAUUGGUUCAGGUACAGGUUGUGUGUCGACGUUCCUUGGUCAAUUACUUGGUGAUGGAACUGCACAAGCUUUCAUACUUUAUUCCCCAAAAAAAGUUUUAUUAUGCACAGAUAUAAAUCCUUGCGCUACUGCAAUUACCGUUAAAACAGCCAUUCUUUACGAAAAUGAAUUAAAGAUUCAUUUAGAUGCCGUAACAACCAACCUCACAUCAGGUCUUUUACCGAGACUGUAUCAUAAAGUUGAUAUCUUAUGUUUUAAUCCACCGUACGUUGUCACAACUUCUGAAGAAGUAAAUUCAAAAAAUGUUAUCGAAAGAGCAUGGGCUGGAGGAAUUGAUGGAAGAGAAGUAAUUGAUCGAAUGUUACCAUUAGCCAAU